UGUGUGUGUGUAUGCGUGCGUGUGUCGUGUGCGCGCGUGUGCUCGUCCGUUAGCCAGUAGCUAGUUAGCCAUCGUCACACUCACACCGCAGGACCGACCGCGACCAUGGCGGAAGCAGCCAGGGAGCCCCCGCCGCAGCACACCGACUUCCAGGAGCUGGAGGACGGGGAGGACCUGUUCCCGGAGCACAGCGCCACCCUGGAGUCAGAACCAGCCAGUCUCGCUGCUGAAGACAUCUCAAAUGGACCCAAACCGGAUUCACUGUUUGAUGACGACCCAGAAGACCUGUUUGCAGAGGCCACGGAGGAGGUGUCCUUGGACAGCCCGGAGAGAGACGUCCUGCUCUCAGACGGCCCGUCGCCCGCCAUCACCCCCGUGACCCCCCCCUGCUCCGUCAUCACGCCGCACCUCGCCCACGACGACAUGUUCACACACUCCUCCUUCGACGAGAUGGAAGAAGAGGAAGGAGGCGAUUCCUUCGACAUGCAGAUCUCAGUGUCCCACCCCGAGAAAGUGGGUGACGGGAUGAACGCCUACAUGGCCUACAAAGUGUCCAUCAAGACGUCCAUGUCUCUUUUUAAGAGUCAUGAGUUCUCAGUUAAAAGACGUUUCAGUGACUUUCUGGGUCUACACAGCAAACUGGCCUCUAAGUACCUGCACGUGGGCUACGUCGUCCCCCCCGUGCCAGAGAAAAGCAUUGUGGGGAUGACCAAGGUGAAGGUGGGGAAGGAGGACCAGUCGUCCAACGACUUUGUGGAGAAGAGGCGCUCGUCUCUGGAGAGGUACCUGAUGAGGACGGUGAAGCACCCCGUCCUGCUGAAGGACCCCGACGUGCUGCAGUUCCUGGAGAGCUCCGAGUUGCCGCGGGCCGUCAGCACUCAGGCUCUGAGCAGCGCCGGACUCCUCCGAAUGGUCAACAAAGCCGCGGAGGCCGUCAACAAGAUGACCAUCAAGAUGAACGAGUCAGACGCCUGGUUCGAGGAGAAGCAGCAGCACUUUGACAACCUGGACGUCCAGCUGAGGAAACUUCACGCCAGCGUCGAGUCUCUGGUGUGUCACAGGAAGGAGCUCUCGGGGAACACGGCGCUCUUCGCCAAGUCGGCGGCCAUGUUGGGGAACAGCGAGGACCACACGGCUCUGUCCCGGGCGCUGUCCCAGCUGGCCGAGGUGGAGGAGAAGAUGGAGCAGCUGCACCAGGACCAGGCCAACGCUGACUUCUACUUCUUCUCCGAGCUGCUGGGCGACUACGUCCGCCUCAUCGGAGCCGUCAAGGCCGUCUUUGACCACAGGAUGAGGACUUGGCAGAAGCUUCAGGACUCUCAGAUUCUCCUUCAGAAGAAACGAGAAGCUGAAACCAAACUUCAGUUCAACAACAAACCCGACAAAGUGCAGCAGGCCAAGGACGAGAUCAGAGAGCUGGAGACGAAGGUCCAGCAGGGAGAGAGAGACUUUGAUCAAAUCUCCAAAACCAUACGCAAAGAAGUCAGCCGGUUUGAGAAAGAGCGAGUAAAGGACUUUAAAAGCAUCAUCAUCAAGUACCUGGAGUCACUGGUUCAGACACAACAGCAGCUGAUAAAAUACUGGGACGCCUUCUUACCCGAAGCCAAGGCCAUCUCAUAGAGUCCCCACGGAUCGUCCUCCUACUACACUACCCACAAUGCACCGCUCCGCCUCCCCUUUAGCGCCCAGAGUGAAGGAGACAAGUGAAGGCAGCGAAUCAGCUCCUCAAGUAACAAACAUCAACGAGAGGAACUCUUAAAUGUAUAGUUUGUCGUCUUUUAUUUGCUUCUUCUUUCCGACGGAACUCUGUGUUGUGUUCAGGUCCCGUCAGUGAUCUUAGCUUCCACAAUAAUGCUGUAGUAUCAACAACGCUUAUAUUCCUCAUACUAUUUCCCGCUUUUUUAAUCCAAAUUCUGCAAAAUGAAAACUGACGACGUCUUUGUGUGAGAUUUUGUUCACUAAAAAGCUCUUUACAGGCUAAAAGCUCAUAUUCCGUAUGACUUGAACGCAGCACCAGUUUGAGGGCUGAAAUGUUAGGAAUGAUAAAAGAAAUAUACAGAUAUUUAUCAAAUUAAUACCUCUCUAAAUCAAUGUGUCAUCAAAAUUGGGGUUUAAAUUCUGACAAAUAGAAAAUUCAGAAUAUUGAAAGCGCAGAUUUAUCAUAAUGAACAAUGAUUAAUUCAAAACGCUUUAAUAAUAACUCUUAUUCAUUGACAAAUUAAUAAACACAUUAAAUAUUCCAAUAACUGCACGAUGGUGUUUUUACAUAUUUUUGUACAGCUUAUAAAUGCUUAUCAAGAGGACUCAUUCGUAUAUUUGAUCAAUCCUGACUUCUCAGUCUUCUAGUACUACAACUCCCAUGAGCCUUGGCGGUUGAAGUCAAGCAGAAGUAAAAAGUUUACUUUUUUUUUCUUUUCUUUUUUUUUACUUCAUUCAAAAAAUGUCCAACUGAGCCACAGGAAAUCUGAAGCUACCUGAUUGGAUGCUGUCUUGCUGCAUUUAACUAUUUUUUUUCCUUUGCAAAAAAAUAGAUU